AGAAUUGAAAAAUCAGACGACUUUUUGAUUAAAAGUUCAUGAUGUCACACCGAAGAAAGAAUUGCGACCAGGAACGAGAUGUAAUAUGGAAUAAAAUUGCCCAGAUGGAAACCGAAAACAAAGAAAUUAAAAACAUGAAUAAAGACAUACUAGUGGCAAAUAAAGAAAUUGGAGAUAAGAAUAAAGUACUAGAGGCUGAAAAUAAAGAACUGGCUAGACAACUGAAAAUAGUCUGUGCUAGUGUUGCACAACCUGAAGAAAGCUAUGUUGGCAUGAAGGUAGUACUCGAACGGGUAUUAUGCCGUCUGGAGAGCAUUGACGAGGCCAUGGCUGAGGGUUUUCCUGAUUUCGAGAUGUGUAAGACUUUGACCAUCAGGCAGACUCAGAGUUUGGAUGAAUUAAUUACGGUGGCUGAUGUAUGUUAUUCUAUUGAUGCUACGCACAGUGCACGGUGUAAUCGUGCUAGUAAGCCAAUGGUAGCUGUUGUGAAUAAUUCUGAAUGUGAUGAUGGUGGGUGUGAAUCUGAAUUUAGUAAGCUGAGGAAUGAUUUUAAAGAGAUACUUGACCAAUUUCGUGUAAUGUUAGACGAGGGUCACCGACCCCGAUUUUCCCGUCAGAAGGGUGGUCGUAGGAAUGAAGGUAUUACUUGCUAUGGUUGUGGUGCCGAGGGUCACAUAUGUAGGAAUUGCCCUGAGAAUCAGUGCCAGAGAUGUCAUGGCAGAGGUCAUAUAGCUUCUCAGUGUGAUCGAUAUUAUGUUCCACAGAAUUCGCAGCCUUCUGCUUAUUCGGCCCAGCAAACGGCCAGUGGCCAUGUAGGAAAUUUUUCUCAAGGGAAUAGCUCCAAUUCUGUCUGGGGUGGGAAUGGUCAAACUCGUGAUGGUGGUAAUAUUCCCCAGUUUCACCCUGCUCCCAAGAAUAAUGAUAUGCCUUUAAACAGAAAUCAGUAGCACGGGGGUCCUCAGCUGCUACUGGAAAAAUGUCGAAUUGAUGCAUGGACCAAGACUUUGAUAAUUUGAUUUGUUCUUUGAGAUUACCCACUAGCUGGUAUGCUAUGGUUGAUGUGAAUGGCAUUACUGUACGUUUUCUUAUUGACUUUGGUAGUGCUGCUACGCUUAUAGAUUAUGCAGUUUUUUGUUCUAUUGGUGAAAAGGAGUGUGAUUUGUCUCCUUGUAAUGUUUGUUUUUAAACUGCUAAUGGAACUUCUCUGAAAGCUCGUGGUAUGAUUGAUUUGAAAAUUUGUAUUGAUUCUGUGUUUGCUGUUCAGAGAGUAAUUGUUGCUGAUCUUGGUGCCCCCUAUGGUUUGCUUGAAAUGGAUUAUUUCCAAGAGCAUGACUGUGUUUUGCAUAUGUCUGUAGGUCAAAUGGAAGUUGAUGGUAAAACUGCUUCCCUGACUAAGCCUGUUUCGUCGGUUCCUAGUUGUAGAAUUGUUGUAGAUAAAUGUGUGACUGUUCCCAGAGA